AACACUCCUUUUCCUCGACCAAAAUUAUAUCCUCAUCCUCCAUUUCUGCCGCCGAUUUUUGCAGUAAUACUGGCAACACAACCAUGGCCACCAUGCCCAGCGUCGGCUUUCGACGACUACACUCUGGUCCAUGGCUUCACAGUUUCCGUACUACUCGACCACCCUCACGUUCUCUCUGUACACUCGCUUGUCUAAGUGCUUCUCCCUUGUCAUCUUCAUCUUCAAUCGAAGACUCGGAAGAGACUCAACUGUCCGCUGCCACCACCACCGCCGCCGACGCCACAACUACAACGAAGCCUAACAAUAAGAUUAAUAACAAGCCGUACUUCCCAAAGCGAGGCGAAACGUUGGAAUUGAUAUGUGAAACCCUGGCUUUCAAAGGCAAAGGAGUGUGCAAAGUGGCUGACACGGGUUUCGUGGUCAUGUGCGAUCGUGCCCUCCCCGGUGAACGCUUUCUCGGUCGCGUAACCCGUAGAAAGGACAAUUACGCCGAGGUGAAGAAGUUGAAGACCAUAACCCCUCAUUUGGACUACGUGGAGGCCCCGUGUGAAUAUGCUUUGGAUUGUGGAGGUUGUAAAAGUCAGAACUUGUUGUAUGAAGCUCAAAUCCGGGCUAAGGAACAGCAGGUUCGUGAGUUGGUGGUGCACGUUGGGAAGUUUUCUGAUAAGCACCCAGAAUUUGCUAGCAUCAUGAAGCCAAUUGUUCCGUGUGAUACACAAUUUUAUUAUAGGAACAAGAUGGAGUUCUCAUUUGGCUCUAAAAAGUGGGUACCGGAGGAACUGUUACAAGAGGAACAUGUCGGCACCAAUGACUAUGCUUUGGGACUGCAUGCUCCUGGCUUUUUUGAUAAGGUUCUUAAUGUCACCAAGUGCUUAUUACAGAGUGAGCCAGCCAAUAAGGUUCUUGCAGCUGUUCAAGAUUGUUGGAGGGAUCCUCAAAUUGGCCUUUCUCCGUAUGAUGUCCACUCUCAUGCUGGAUUUUUGAAGCAUCUAAUGCUAAGAACUGGAAGGGAUGUUGAGACUGGUCUGCCUGAGCUUAUGGUUAAUUUUGUGACUUCGUCUAACAAACCAGAGCUGUUGAAGCCACUCGUUGAGAGAAUUGCAACUAUUCCUGAAGUGGUAAGCGUUGUGAACAAUGUAAAUACAUCUGUUGGCAACACAUCUGUUGGGGAGGAGGAAUACACUUUGUAUGGGAAGUCUACUAUCACAGAGAGUUUGAGAGGACUGACAUUUCAAAUUUCAGCAAACUCUUUCUUCCAGACAAAUACACAUCAGGCAGAGAUUCUGUAUAAACUUGUAGAAGAUUGUGCCAAUCUCAAAGGAGAUGGGUCUGAAGUAGUUCUUGACCUAUUUUGUGGGACCGGAACGAUUGGUCUAACACUUGCCAGAAGGGUCAGGCAUGUUUAUGGUUUUGAAGUAGUUGUUGAAGCCAUCUCAGAUGCCCGUCGGAAUGCCAAGCUGAAUGGAAUUUCUAAUGCCACAUUUUUCCAGGGGGAUCUUAAUAAAAUAGAUGAAAGCUUUGGGAAUAAGUUUCCGCAGCCUGACAUCGUCAUUAUAGAUCCAAACCGCCCAGGCAUGCACAUGAAACUGGUUAAAUUUUUGCUGAAGCUGAAGGCUGCACGCAUUGUUUAUGUAUCUUGUAAUCCUGCCACAUGUGCACGUGAUCUUGAUUAUCUCUGUCAUGGUGUGGUUAGUAUCAGUAUUUCGAUCAAAGUUUUUCGUCUCCUCAUUUCAGUUAUUUGUCCGUAUUACAAUCUUUAUGCAGCCUGAGAAAAACAUUGGAGGAUGUUACAAACUGAGAAGCUUACAACCAGUGGACAUGUUCCCUCACACUCCGCAUAUUGAAUGCGUUUGCUUGCUGGAGCUUUCUUGAUUCCUGUUGUUAGCAGUUUUUCAUCACUACACUUUUGACCUUUCAUGUAUCGUUUGCUUUCCCAACUUUUUGGGGCUACGCUGGCACUAUUAUCAGUGGGAUUGCAAAAGUUUUUGAAGGAUAUUUGGUCUAUUUGUUUGUCUGCAGCUUUUGCAGCCGUGUUUAAACUUUGAUUUUGUCCGGUAGCUAAAAAGGCGGCAAUGAAUGACAAUAAAGAGAAGAGUUAGAGGAUCAGCACAGCUUUGAGAGUUUGCAAGGAUUAUUGAUUUGUUGUAGCUUUGUAAGUAAUUAUUUGUAGUUUUGAUGCUUAUAUCAUUAUAUAUUCAUUUACUUCACAAUUCUACUUGAUCUAUUUCUUUUCUUUUUUUCAAAUGAAACAAGUCUUUCGUUAAACAAAAUACAGAGUGCUCCUUGAUCUAUUUAAAUUCGUGUUCAGUUAGUGGAUAAAAACAGUGGAGUGUACUUUUGUGGUUUAUUUCGCUAGUUGUGCAUGUCAGCCAUCAUGAAUGAAGGGUUGAGCUGAUAUCGGACGUUAAAUUUUCUGUCACUCAGGCCAGAAGAAGCAAAGUCCAUCGUUAGGUUUGAAACAAGAAAAAAAAAACAAUCCAGUAUAGAAGACUCCCAUUACUGUUGGGCGAUGAGAUGUAUGCAGCCUUAGUUCCGCGCUCGAAAGAAAACCACAGAUAUAAAAACCAGUAGAACCAAACUGAGGGGGAAGAUUGCAUGACUUGAAGAAAAAAGGAAGCAGCAAAGUGAAAACCAAUUGCUUUGUCAAUCUUCCAUAUAUAUUUUAACAGCAAUUAAUGUAAAACUAUGAUGAUGGUGAAGAUGAACAAAAUCCUAUGCUAAAACACCUUAUGAAGUGUGUAGAAAAUGGUCUGUCUUUGGCCUAGGGUCUCAUGGAUACAAGAUAUAAUGUGUUUUGAUGAUAUAACCUAGCCAUACUGUUUCCUUUCUUCUUGUAUACAGCGGAAAAUCCGAGCUGCUGAUUCAGAUGCUGAUUUAGAGUUGUAAGGCACAACCUUGAUCACCCCUAUCUGCUGGUCAGUAC